AUGUUAAUACCAACACCAAACAAGUAUAAGAUAAAAAGGCGUCUGCUUGAGAAGAAGGCGCUCUUGCUUGAGGACACUGUCCUUGGGAACCACAGGGAUCUCGAGAUUCCUAAUCUGCAGCUGAAAGUAUUUAUGAAGACCAUGAUCUCUCACGGAUAUGUCCAAAAGGUUCACAUAUGGAGACAUUCAUAUUUUCUGCUAACUUCACUUGGGGAAUCCAGGCUGAGAGAGGAGUUGGUUUUUACUGAUGAGGGUAUGGCUAACCAAGAAGCAUCAGCAGCGGUAGCCUGA